CUCUCCGUCCAAACUCUCCACUCCACUCAUGGCGCCUCCUCCUCCUCCUCCCCACCUCCGCCUCCUCUCCCCGCUCCUCCCGCCCCUCUGCCCCCUUCCACGCCGCCGCGCCCGGACACGCCUGCUCUCCGCUCUCCCCUCCCCGUCCCCGCCCCCCCGCUCGCAGCAACCCGUCUCCACCGCUUCCCUCGACCGCGGGCCAAGCCCCUCCCCCGAGCAUCACCCGCUCGCCGCGGAGCUCGCGCGCCUCUCCGCCGCCCGGGCGCGCCUCCGCGCGGCCCGCUCCCUCGACGACAAGCUCCGCGCGCUCGACGCCGAGCCCCGCGUCGCGGCCUUCUUCGGCGACGCGUCGGGCGGCGGGGUUCUGGACAGCCUCCAGCCCCGCGAGGCCUACCUGCUCAAAUGCCUCGUCGCGGCCGGCCAGGACCACGUGCUCGGCGCGGAGCUCGGCUGGGCCGGCGACGGCACCCACGCCCGCGAGCGCCACCGCAGCGGGAGCGCUCUGCGCGAGGCGCUGCACAGCCUGGCCGGGUUGGUCGGGAAGUGGAGCGGGGACGACGUGGCGCGGGGCGGGGACACGGAGCUGCUCCGGCAGCUGCUCAAGUUUCUCGGGGACAUCGACGAGUUCUACGACUGCAUCGGCGGCAUCAUAGGCUACCAAAUCAUGGCACUGGAGCUGAUUUCAGCCUCCAAAUCCAAGGACAGCAAGCACCGGCAUACCCAAGACAAGUCUGUCCACUUCCAUGUUCCCACUGGAGUUAAUCUAUCGGAGGAUACAGAAUACGCAUCUCAAGCUGCUCUGUGGGGGAUCGAGGGUUUGCCAGAACUGGGUGAAAUCUAUCCGAUUGGUGGUGCCGGUGAUCGUCUUGGGUUAGUGGACUCAGAUACCGGUGAAUCCCUUCCUGCAGCAUUGCUCCCUUAUUGUGGGAGAUCUCUACUCGAAGGCCUGAUGAGAGAUCUGCAGGCUAGAGAGUUUCUUCAUUUCAAGAUCUUUGGGAAACAAUGUAUAACCCCUGUGGCAAUCAUGACGAGCUCUGUGAAGAAUAACCAUCAACAUAUAGUUUCAAUCUGUGAAAGAUACGAAUGGUUUGGUAGAGGACGGGAGAAUUUCCGCUUGUUUGAACAGCCAUUGGUUCCUGUAGUCAAUGCUGAGGAUGGUGAAUGGUUAAUUGGCAAAUCACUUCUUCCUGUUGGUAAACCCGGUGGUCAUGGCGCUAUUUGGAAACUUGCUUGUGAUAGAGGUGUAUUCGAAUGGCUUUAUCGUCAUGGCAGAAAAGGUGCAACUGUUCGUCAAGUCAGCAAUGUUGUUGCUGCAACUGAUUUGACACUGAUGGCAUUGGCAGGAAUAGGCAUGCGUCACAAUAAGAAACUAGGUUUUGCAUCUUGUGAGCGAAGACCAGGUGCUACUGAAGGGGUGAAUGUUCUUAUUGAAAAACAGAACUUGGAUGGACUUUGGGCAUAUGGUAUCACUUGCAUUGAGUACACUGAAUUUGAAAAAUAUGGCAUAUCAGAACCUGCAGACCAUAAUGGCAGUUUGCAGGCUAGCUAUCCGGCAAAUACAAACAUUAUGUAUGUUGAUCUUCAAGCAGUAGAGGAAGUUGGAUCACGCAGAAAUGCUAGUUGCUUACCUGGAAUGGUAAUGAAUCUGAAAAAGGCAAUAUCAUAUGUGGAUCAUCUGGGCUUUGAGUGUAGUGCUGCUGGUGGCAGGCUAGAGUGCACGAUGCAAAAUAUAGCAGAUAAUUUUAUGAACACAUAUAGCUACAGGUGCAGUAAAGCAAUAGAAAGUGAGCUCGACACGUUCAUUGUGUACAAUGAAAGAAAAAAAGUCACUUCGUCAGCUAAAAAGAAGCUCAAACCAGAAGAUAGAUCACUGCACCAGACACCAGAAGGUUCACUCCUCGAUAUUAUGCGUAAUGCCCAUGAUCUCCUUUCUAGCUCCAGCAUAGAAGUUCCGAAGGUGAAAGACAACAAUGAAUACUUGGGUUCGGAGUUACCGUUCCUCAUAUUUCUUCAUCCUGCUUUAGGUCCAUUUUGGGAGAUCAUAAAGCAAAAGUUUGUAGGUGGGUCCAUCUCUAAAGGUUCAGAAUUGCAAAUAGAGGUGGCAGAAUUUGUAUGGAAAGAUGUGGAGCUGGAUGGAAGUCUUAUUAUUUUAGCUGACAACAUCAUGGGUUCAACCAAGAGGAACACUCAUGGUGAACAAAUACUGCACUAUGGUGCUAGGUGUGCGAGAUGCAAGCUGCAGAGUGUUAAAAUUGUGAACAAUGGAAUCAGCUGGGAUUCUCCCAGUAAUGUCUAUUGGAAGCAUGACGUUGAAAGAUCAGAAUCUCUGAAGAUUAUUCUUCAUGGAAAUGCAGAAUUUGAGGCAAAAGAUGUUCUCUUGAAGGGUAACCAUAUGUUUGAAGUACCUGACGGUCACAGAAUGCGCAUCAUUCAAGAUGGAUCAGGUUUUGCUGUUAAGUUAGAUCGUAUAAGCAAGGAAAUGAUGGACAGCGGGUCUUGGUACUGGGAGUAUACGGUAGAUGGUGCACAUGUGAAGUUGAACAUGGUAGAGCUGUAAAGGAGGUAGUACCCAACUGUAGAUACUUGAUUCAUUGAUUCCCGGCUAGGUAAAUUAUAUUGAGGGCACGUUUGACUAAUAGUUCUGGUUAGAUGAACUCCAGCUUGUAGGUGCUGUUGUACAAGGGGAAAGGGCCUGCAUAGACAGUUGUACAGUGGACUGCAUAUCCAAAUUUGCUAUUGAGCCUAUUCUCCUGCCUAGGAAUGUACAUACUAAUAUAUUUCUCAAUGUUGAGGAGAAUAAGCAUUCUCCCAAAGUUCCCAAAGCUGCUGAUAAUUGAAGAUCCAUUUGUAUCCUGAACUUUGGCCUGCAGUAGCGCAAUACAAUGAUGCACUCAUGUGAAUCUCA